CCCAGCCCCACAUACUGAGGCUGGGCAUUCGAACCAGCCUUGCAGUGUAGCGAGAAAGCUCAGCUGAGCAACACCUCUACUGCUGGGAUACUCGCAGAAACCCACUGGUUCCAGGGUCAGGCCCCCAGUGACGACACCUGAGCUCAGGGUGAUGUCCUCAAUGGCAAGCCGAGAAGUCAGAAGACAUCUGCACUAAGAGCAGCCACAAUCUGGGUUCAGCGUCCAUCCACACACGUCUGGCAUUCUUCAACCCACCUUUGGAUCUCUGCCCGCUUUAAGCAAGAGGGUGUUUCCUUUAUAGACAGCCUUGUAGCUUUUCUCCAAGUUGGACUUGGACCGCAAGCCUCUGAGCCUCAUGGUGGGGCCUGUGGCCAACCCAGAGCCUGGGGACACCAGGAAGGUGGUGCUGCUGGAGCCGUUCGUCCACCAGGUCGGGGGCCACAUGAGCAUGAUGAAAUACGAUGAGCACACAGUCUGCAAGCCCCUCAUCUCCCAGGAGCAGUGGUUCUACGAGUCGCUGCCCACCGCCAUGAAGCAGUUCACCCCUCAGUACAAAGGUAUCAUUUCUGUGUGUCUCCGAAAGGACAACAUGGGCAACCUGAGCCUGAUAGCCAGCCCCAGCCUGCAAACUGAGACUUGCCACUCCUUGGAUAAUGCCGUCAAGGAGACUUCAGUCACGAUAUGGCACAAGUGCAAGUGGACGAGCAGCAGCAGUGGCAGUGACCACAUGCUUGUCAAGUGGGGUCACAACCAGCUCACCAAGACCAUCAAAGACAGCUGCCCAGGGAAGAUGCUAUUGAGGACAGAUCUUCAGUAUCAUACAAGCGUUGCUUCACUCAUGGAAGAUGCAAAUGGAAACCAGCCGGAAAGAAACAGCUAUAACCCCUGGGGACUUCACUGCCACCAACAGCACCUGAACCGCAUGUCCUCCAAAUAUAACGAGAAUAAACUUCAUCAGUUUCUCUUGCUUGAAAACGUGGUGUCAGCGUAUAAAUACCCUUGCAUUCUGGACUUAAAGAUGGGUACCAGGCAGCAUGGGGAUGAUGCCUCGGAGGAGAAGAAAGCCCGCCACAUAAAGAAGUGUGAGCAGAGCACUUCUGGGUCUCUGGGAGUUCGCAUUUGUGGGAUGCAGGUUUACCAAGCUCACACGGGACAAUUUUUUUGCAAAGAUAAGUAUUACGGAAGGAAACUCUCCCCUGAAGGCUUCAGGCAAGCCCUCCACCAGUUCCUUCACAAUGGGAACCACCUCAGAACAGACCUGCUGGAGCCCAUCGUGCUGCAGCUGAAGGCUUUGCUUCUGGUCAUUAAAAAGCAGAGUUCCUAUCGCUUCUACUCCAGCUCGCUUCUCAUCAUCUACGACGGGCAAGAACAUAAGGAGAAUGGAGCCACUUUGGACAACUAUCCUCAAGGGAGCUUCCAGAACAUAAACUGCACCACGUCCCAUGGGAGCAGCCAUGCCAAAGUUGACAUUCGCAUGAUAGACUUUGCUCACACCACGUACAAAGGCUCAAAGUGCAAUCACACCACCUACGACGGGCCGGACCAUGGCUAUAUUUUCGGUCUGGAAAACCUCAUCAAAAUUCUGCAGAAUAUUUCAGAGGGAAAAUGACACAUGCCGUGAGACACCAGACACAUUGGGGUGGCAGAGAGUCCAGAACAGGACUUGCCUAUGCAUUGCGUCCAUUCUACAGAACUCCUCACCGCUUCCGAACAUCUCGCACCCUGCUGGGAACGAGAGCAUGGACAGCUUGCUAGGAAAGUGAAGAAAAUGCUAGAUGUGCCGUUACUGAAGCCAGGUGUAAAAGCAAAGGACUGAAAAGAAUCUGUAGUGGUUGUGAUAUAUCAGAAGAUUUAUUUUCCUUUCUUGUUUUACUGCUGUCCUUGAUUUGUUUGAGAGCCAGAAGAAAGAAAUACUUGAAAGAGUCUUAAGGACAAAAUCAGACCUACUGCCUCUGUACGCACUUGCGAAGCCAAAGGGACUAAGCAGAUAUUGUGCAUUUGAGAGAGAGGCUCUUCCGAGCUGGCAGGUCUUAACAAGUUGAAGAAUUACUUUUAACUCAAGCUCAAUGUGAUGGGCCAAGGACAUCCAGCAACACGAGCAGAAGACGAAAGCACUCCCUGAUGCUCGCUCUCCAAACCUGUGGCAUUGACUGCAGUGCUGUAGGAAAUCCUGAGCAUAGUGCUGACAUAUAUGGUGCUAUGUAAGAUCAAAAAAAAAGUGCCAAACAUUCAAGAGGUCCCUGCUGUAAAGUACUUAAAGUCAAAAGGCGUGGAUAGGUACGCUCCAAAGCACAAUCUCCACUCGGUGAGAGCUUAAUAUCCACUCGUGCAAUAAAAGGACAGUCUUCAGGAAAAGAUGGACUGGAGCUGGAUGUAUCAAAGAGUGUUGAUUGCGGCAGAUAUCGGUGGCGACAAGAUUCACAUCAAGGCAUUUUAGCUUCAAAGACAGCGUGUGACUGAGUCGAGAGCUAGAAAGACAGGGUCAUCUAGAACUUUUUUUGUAAAAUUGUUUUGUGUGUGUGUUUAGAGGAGAGGAAAUUGGGAAAACUUGACAAUAUGUUUACAGUAGUCAUGAACAACUAAUACAACUUAAUUCCUUCCUGCACAGCGUGGGAAACUUGUUAGAGAUGUCUAUGAGUCAAGAAUAGAGAUCCAAAGCCCAAUACCUGGGGAGUUGGUGUAUAAAUAAAAUCGUCUAGAUCACUGUCACGUACUGUUGUGC